AUGCAGGAACCCGAAUACAAUGUACCUCGGCCGUUUGCCAGGCACUUCGACGCUACAGUGUGCAAUCUGUUUCCAGAUGUCGACAAGAAAAGUUUUAAAGUUCUUGACGUGGCGGCUGGAACAGGACUGUUGGGUUUAGAAUUAAACAAACUUGGAUAUACUUAUAUUGACGCCCUUGACAUGUCACAAGAAAUGCUAAACAGAGCUAAAAACAAGAAAGUUUACACCAAACUCAUCUGCACUGCCGUAAAUGAUCAGCAGAUAAACGGUAUCGAGACCGCGGAGUAUGAUGCAUUGACAUGCAGCUCUGCAGUAUGUGCUGGGCAAGUUCAACCUAGUGCUUUUAGCGAGAUGCUAAUGAUGGUGAAGCCUGGUAAGGAAGGAUAAAGAUUCCUCCCCAUUCCUCCGCUCGUUCUUUGUAGCUUCUCUACAUCUUAAAUAGGUGAUGUGAUCCCAGUGUGUGGCGAGGAUUUUUAUCUAAAGAAACUGUGGUGCUGCGUCGGUGGUGGAUUAUAACAAGAUAAGUUCGUUUAUCAACUGAGUAAACCAUAUAAAUUGGACACCGUAAAAGAGUUUCUAAGGUGGCGUUCCGAGCGUUGGCCCUUCCUUUUCGCUCUGACGAAGGGCCAACGCUCGUAAUGUCAACUUAGAAACUCUUAACGGUGUCCGAUUUAUAUUAUCAACUCAAUUGAUUAAAAAAAAUUAUCUUGCCUACCCUACUGUUUAAUCAACACCCACGCUGUGGUUUAUCAAAGGCAAUCUUUUCCAUGUCGUGUAGAUUUUUCGGGUGCGCGCGUUUUCGAAUUAGGACGUUCGUUUGACUAUUGUCUUUAGAAAAGAUGAGGGAAAGAGGCUUCCUAACUCCCCUUAGCCACGCCCCUUGGUCCAGUCGAACCAAUCAACACGGCAACAAUGGAGUUGCAAGAAAACGACAUCUCUAAUACCCAGCUGUUUUCGGCGAAAUAACUUUUUGUAACGUUUUGCAGGUGGCUUAUUGUGCUUCAAUAUAAGCUUCUUGGAAGAGAGGAAUUACAUACAAAAGUUUAAAGAGCUGGAAGAAGCUGGACGAUGGAGGCUUUUAAACAAGGGAAAGAUUCCUUUUCUACUAGAGAAACAAUUAGAGGAGUGCUAUUUAUACAUUUAUAAACGCCAGUAAAUAAGUUCUCUAUUGAUACCCUGCGUAGCAAGGGAAUUAAUAAGGUAUCAGUAGGGUAUUUAGCUUAAAUGGAGGCCUGAGUUUUACCAUAAUUUGCAAUCAAUGUCAUUU